AUGAUUGAUCUUGGCUUGAAGAGAAUCAGCGCACUCUUGCAAAACCAAGGUCGCUUCCCCUGGCAGGCUAUUCACGUUGCAGGAACGAAUGGAAAAGGUUCCGUAUGCGCCUACAUUUCGUCUGUCCUCAAUGCCGCUGGGAUCCCUUGUGGCCGUUUCACAUCCCCCCACCUAGUCGACCGCUGGGACUGCAUCACGCUCAACGGGACCGCCGUCUCGAAAUCAGUCUUCCUGGAAGUAGAGGCUGCGGUCAAGGAGAGAGACGCAAGCCUGGGAAUCGGGGCCACCGAGUUCGAACUGCUCACAGCCACGGCCUUUGAGAUAUUCUCCAGGCAAAAGGUUGAUAUUGCCGUUGUAGAGGUUGGCAUCGGCGGAAGGCUGGACGCAACAAAUGUGUUUGAAGCGCCACUCGCGACCGUCAUCACAAAGAUUGCGCUGGACCAUCAGGGCUUCUUGGGAUCUACACUGGAAGAGAUUGCGAAGGAGAAGGGGGGAAUCAUGAAGAAGGGGACCGCAUGCGUGGUUGAUGGGUCCAACACAGGGCAGGUGCUUUCCGUGCUACAACGCAUUGCGUCCGAGGUGGGGGCAGGGGCCUACACCAUCUCAAAGCUGGACGCGUUGGGCGAUGGGUACGCUGAAAUAAUGACUCCGGCCUUUGGAACCCAGCGCUUUACGAGUUUUCUACAGGGAAACUACCAGCCCUCAAAUCUUGCUUGUGCCGUGAACGCACUUUCUCACGCGGCGGAAAAGUUCCCAAUUAUCACCUCAGCGGCGCUCCAGGCAGGCAUCAAGUCUACAACAUGGCCUGGGAGAAUGGAAUGGGUUGACAUUUCGUCCGUGGUUGGGAAGCGAACUUCAGUAUUAGUGGAUGGCGCCCAUAACCCCGAAGCCGCAGACGCUCUGGCGGAGUAUGUGAACAAAAAGCUCCCAGGCCCAGUGACAUGGGUGCUCUCUGCGUCUAAAGGCAAAGAAGUUAGGAUAAUGUUGCAGAGGCUUCUUAGAGACGGUGAUCAUGUUGUUGCUGUUGCAUUUGGGGCCGUAGACGGAAUGCCGUGGGUUUCACCCGUCGACCCACAGGAGAUCGUGAAUGAGGCAGUAUAUGCUUUGGGAAGCGGCGAGAGUGUUACAAAUUUUGGUCACGAUAUAAGCGCUGCGUUGAAGACGGCAUGUAAUGGUGGAAAUGUGGUCGUUGCUGGUAGCUUGUAUUUGGCUGGAGAGGUUCACAAACUAACGAGGCUCAAUUGA